UUGAACUGUUUAUUAUAUACUAAGGUGGUACUAUUCCGGAAUUUAAGAUUCUUCAACAUGGACAGUGAAUUAGAAAUCGGGGUUACAAACACUUUUAAUAAUUCCAACUCUACUGAUGAAACAGUGGUGUCUGAAAGCAUUGUCCCUCCUAGCCUUCAGUAUUUGUUUGGUGUGUCUGGAAACUUGAUCGCCAUGAUUCUCCUCUAUCGGUCGUCCGGUCGACACAAAUGGAAACCGUUUUAUAGACUAGUUGGAGCUCUAGCCAUCACCGACUUCUGUGGAAUAGCUCUGGUAUAUCCUGCAGUAAUGGUUCGAUACAUUUCUGGAUUCACAUACGACUUCCCAAAAGAAUUAUGUGGAUUUGUCUCGUUUUGGUUUUCUUUCUCUUUCCUGUCUUCUGCUUUUAUCGUCAGUGCUAUGUCGUUUGACCGAUUCCUGGCAGUCACUUUUCCGAUAUUUUACAGAAAGUCUCAAGUCAAAAGAACGAAUAUAAUUCUGGUUCUCAUUUGGAUUUUCGUAGCUUGUAUAUCAUCUCUUAAUUUAGUAGGUAUUGGCUCUGUUAAAAACUUUUAUCCGGGCUCUUGGUGUUUUCUAGACUUUGCAAACAAAGGAACACUGGAGCGAAUAAACACGUACAUAUAUUCCAUCACUGGAUUACUUGUUCUAUCAACCACUGUCGUUUUUAACAUAGCAGUUGUCUACGCCUUAAAAAGAAAACCAAAGCGUUCAACAUCGGACAUCAAGAGAAAGAGAAAUGAGAUUUUUAUCAUGGUUUUCCUUUUCUCAAUAGUGACGCUUUUUUCAAUAUGCUGGGCUCCAUUAAUGGUCCGAAUGCUAAUUAACGCCAGCUCAAGUGACCCAAAGAAUGGACCAGAAGAACUCUUAGCAGUGCGUAUGACCAUAAGCAACGCUAUUGUAGACCCUUGGAUCUAUAUCAUUUUGAGAAAAGAAAAUCUUUUAAAUAUUUCUAAGUUAGUUCAACGAGUUCGCAAAAGUGGGUAUCUACCAACAGUAUGUUUUACCAGGGAAUCUACGGGAGUAUGCGAAGUUUCAACUAUAUCAUCAUCUCGGACAUGUUAGACCCAUUUAUGAAAUUGAUAUACAUGUUUUUUUCGAAUGAGGGAUGCAUUUUAUUUUAGAUUUAUCAUAUCGUUUUUUUAUGUUUAUAAAACGUAUUCUUGAUAUGUACAUAAAAUUCAUUUUAAAUAUACAUAAAAUUUUGUAUUUUAUUUUAUAUGUCUUGAUGAGGACUUAAUUUCUUUCAUAAUCAUUUAUACUUUGAAAUGGAUACAAACUUGACGAAUGUUGUAUGGUGUGGUUUAACCGUUCAGUUUACUCUGUUAUGGAUCGUAUUGCGUAAUCUUUCAUCAACAAAUUGCAGCAUUUCUUACAUAAUCAUAAUUUCUUUUUAAUCAUCAUAUUUAAGUCAGAAUCAAAAUGAUUGGGUUUUUUUGCUUUUUUGUUUUUGAUAGUUACAGCAUAAGGUUUAAAAUCAUUCUUUGAAAAUUUGGUUGAAAGUGGUUCAAAAAGUCAAAUGUCCAAUUUAAUUACAUUCAUACUAAUUUCCUAUAUAUCCCUUAUAAAACCUGAAGAUUUUUAUGAUGUGAUGUAAGAUAAUAUAUACCCUUUUUUCAUGGUAAUUAUGUGCUUUUGUUUCG